UGUGAUCUACUUAGGAAAAAGAAACGGUGGUGAUUUAACGUAGCACCAUUUUUUUAUUAUAGACAAAGAAAUAGCUUAUAAUUGUUGUCACAGAGAGGGAGGUGAAUGCUACGUGUUGAAGUUUUGGUGUAUCAUGGGGAGCGAGUGCAUAGGAUGUAAUGAUGUGGAAAGAAUAUGGUUCUUAGGAAUAUAAACAAGCUUUGGAAGAAUGAUAAGAGGCUGGUUUUUUCAUACUUGAAAGAGAGAGAGAGAAAGAGAGAGAGAGAGUGAGAGAGAUGAAGAAAGAAGGUAAAGAUGGUAAUUUUGAAGCCCUAACAAACGGUGACUAUGAAGAACAGCUCUCAAGCUCAAGAUUCUCAUCUCUCUUGGAGUCCAGAGAUCGAGAUUAUCUUCUCAGUUCAACUGGACUUCAGGUGAAAGUAUCUGAUCUUGAAGGCAAGGUUAUAGGGCUCUACUUCUCAGCCAAUUGGUACCCGCCAUGCAGAAACUUCACCCCAGUCCUAGUUGAUAUGUACGAGCAACUUAAGACCAAUGGGUCUAAUUUUGAAAUUGUGUAUGUGUCAUCGGAUGAAGACUUGAAUGCCUUCAACAACUAUCAUGCAUUGAUGCCUUGGCUGGCUAUUCCAUUCUCUGAUUUGGAGACUAAGAAAGCAUUGAACAGGAAAUUUGAUAUCGAAGGAAUUCCUUGCUUAGUCAUUUUGCAACCUAACAGUAAUAAAGAUGAUGCAACAUUGCAUGAAGGUGUUGAACUCGUUUAUCGAUACGGGGUCCGAGCCUUCCCGUUUACUAAAGAGAGGUUGGAGAAUUUGCUGGAGGAAGAGAGGGAGAAGCAUGAGAGGCAGACCCUUACCAAUUUAAUAACUAACCACGAUAGAGACUAUCUUUUGGGUCAUCCCAGUCCUAAACAGGUACCUGUUGCUUCAUUGGUAGGUAAAACAGUUGGACUAUACUUCUCUGCCCAAUGGUGCGUUCCAUGUGUUAAGUUUAUUCCGAGGUUAAUCUCCAUCUACCAAAAGAUUAAGCAAAUGCUGGUAGAAAAUGGAGAUCAAGAGGACUUCGAAAUAGUGUUCGUGUCAAAUGAUCGCGACCAACAGUCAUUCGACACCUAUUUUAAUACCAUGCCUUGGCUAGCUUUGCCUUUUGGAGACCCAACUGUGAAGGAGCUUGCUAAGCAUUUUGAUGUACACGGGAUCCCUUGUUUGAUAAUUAUAGGCCCUGAUGGUAAAACUGUGACCAAACAAGGUAGGAACUUGAUAAACUUGUACCAAGAAAAUGCAUACCCUUUCACUGAAGCCAAAGUGGAGUUGCUAGAGAAACAAAUGGAUGAAGAGGCUAAGAGCCUUCCAAGAUCGGUGUACCAUCCAGGGCAUCGCCACGAGCUCAAUUUGGUGUCUGAAGGCAAUGGAGGAGGGCCUUUUAUAUGUUGUGAUUGCGAUGAACAAGGGUGUGGUUGGGCUUACCAGUGUUUGGAAUGUGGGUAUGAGGUGCACCCAAAAUGUGUGACAACUGCAGAUCGCGCCUCUACGGGGCAAUAAUCAAUUGGCAGUGCUCUUGUGUUAAUGCUAAUUACUUGGAUGUUACAUGUUUGUGCUUUAAAAUUCAAAUUAUGUGGUUCUGUUUGCGGAUUUAGAAUAUUGGGAUUAGAUAUCCUUUGGAUCAUCUAAAUAUCUAAUACAAGUUCCAACA